CCUUCGGCUUCCAGCCUUCCAUCGUCCAUCCGGCCUCUCCUGUCCCGAACCCAUUACAUAUUUACAUUGUCUGCUUUCAGCUUUCUCCCUCUCGUCUUGUGCCGCUGCUGGUUUUCAUUCUUCACUCGCUGUCCGCCAUGGCUGUUCGAGGGCUGUUUCUGACCAUGGCUCUCGGGUUCGCCUUCGCCGGCUUCCUUCGCUGCGUGGUCUCGUAUGAUCGUCCCCCACCGCGUGAUACCCUGGUUAUUCCUCUACACAAAGAUCUCGACUCAACUUCGCCCCAGCAGGUGCAUAUAUCUUUGGUGGGUAAGGACAAGAUGAGAAUAACGUGGAUUACGGUGGAUUCAACUCCAGCUACAGUAGAAUAUGGUAUAUCUUCGGGGSUAUACGGUUACUCUGCAACCGGAAGUACGUACUCGUAUGAGUACGUCACUUACAAAUCUGGAGAAAUACACGAUGUUGUCAUCGGUCCAUUGGAGCCGGAUAUGGUUUAUUACUACCGAUGCGGAUCGAACCCGGCUCGUGAAUUCAGCUUCAAAACUCCGCCGGCUCAGCUUCCCAUUAAAUUUGCCGUGGCAGGUGAUCUGGGUCAGACCGGGUGGACAGACUCGACCCUCCAGCAUAUUGAAGGAUCAAACUAUGAUGUGUUGAUAUUGCCCGGAGACCUAUCUUAUGCAGACUGUUACCAGCCGCUGUGGGAUUCUUUUGGUCGUCUAGUGGAGCCUCUUGCCAGUCAACGCCCUUGGAUGGUGACACAGGGCAACCACGAGGUAGAGAAGAUCCCCAUCGUCCACUCCCAUUCCUUCACAUCCUACAAUGCCAGGUGGCAUAUGCCCUUUGAGGAGAGUGGGUCYAACUCCAACCUCUACUACUCCUUCGAAGUUGCCGGAGUUCAUGUCAUCAUGUUGGGAUCAUACACAGACUUCGGCCCAAGCUCAGGCCAGUUCAGGUGGCUUGGAGACGACCUGGCGAAGGUGAGCAGAGAGAGGACUCCAUGGCUGGUUGUGCUCAUCCAUGCGCCUUGGUACAAUUCAAAUGCUGCCCACCAAGGAGAAUACGAAGCCCAAGGCAUGAGGGAAGCCAUGGAGAAGUUGCUUUUUGAUGCUCGCGUCGACGUAGUUCUUGCCGGCCAUGUCCACGCCUAUGAACGCUUCACUCGAAUCUACGAUGGACAAGCCAAUAACUGUGGACCAGUUCAUAUCACCAUUGGCGACGGUGGCAAUCGUGAAGGCCUUGCCAAGAAUUUCAUGGACCCCCAACCCAAAAUAUCGGCUUUCAGGGAGGCAAGUUUCGGGCAUGGCCGAUUGGAGGUGGUGAAUGCUAGUCAUGCAUUGUGGAGUUGGCAUAGGAAUGACGACGAUGAACCAGUCGUAGCUGACACAAUCUGGAUUAGAAGCCUCAUAGCAGAUCCGGCUUGCAAGCGAAUGUAAUAUAAAUUAUAGAAACGUUUUUAAAACUUCGUGGAAUCCUCCUGAUUCCUGAGCAUACAAAAGAAGAGAAAUAGAAAAAGAUUGUUUACCAUUGUGAUUCUGAUU